GGCCUGGCGUCCCAGGCGGGAGCUGACGGGCGUCAUGGACAAAUCUAAAGAAAACUGCAUCUCAGGACCUGUUAAGACGAUGGUUCCGCUCCGUGAUGGUGCGAAGCGUGUUCCUGUGCACCAGCACGCGCCCUCCCAGAGCGCACUCCCUGCGAGCAGUGGCCAGGCGCAGCGGGUCCUGUGUCCGUCCAACUCCCAGCGCCUGCCGUCGCAAGCGCAGAAGCUGGUCUCCAGCCACAAAGCAGUUCCGAACCCGAACCUGAAGCAGAAGCAGUUACAGGCGAACAACGCCCCUCGUGCCGCCCCCAGGCCGCUGGCUGGCACCCCGAAGAGUGAGCCCCCACCGUCAGCCCCAGGAAAUAAUUCUGAAAAGGAACAGGCAUCAAAACAGAAAACCGAAGAAUCCAAAAAAAGACAGUGGGCCUUGGAAGACUUUGAAAUUGGCCGCCCACUGGGUAAAGGAAAGUUUGGCAAUGUUUAUUUGGCAAGAGAAAAACAAAGCAAGUUUAUCCUGGCUCUUAAAGUGCUGUUUAAAGCUCAGCUGGAGAAGGCAGGGGUUGAGCACCAGCUGAGAAGAGAAGUGGAGAUACAGUCCCACCUUCGGCACCCGAACAUUCUCCGGCUCUACGGAUACUUCCAUGACGCUACCAGAGUGUACCUAAUUCUAGAAUAUGCACCUCUUGGAGCCGUGUACAGAGAGCUUCAGAAACUGUCCAAGUUUGAUGAGCAGAGAACUGCCACUUAUAUCACAGAGCUGGCAGAUGCCUUGUCUUACUGUCACUCGAAGAGAGUCAUUCACAGAGACAUUAAGCCUGAGAACCUGCUCCUCGGGUCCGCGGGAGAACUGAAGAUUGCAGACUUUGGGUGGUCUGUUCACGCCCCGUCCUCCAGGAGAACCACCCUCUGCGGCACGCUGGACUACCUGCCCCCGGAGAUGAUCGAGGGCCGAAUGCACGAUGAGAAGGUGGACCUCUGGAGCCUUGGGGUUCUUUGCUAUGAAUUUUUAGUUGGGAAGCCUCCUUUUGAGGCGAGCACAUACCAGGAGACCUACAAAAGAAUAUCGCGGGUUGAAUUUACGUUCCCUGACUUUGUACCAGAAGGAGCCAGGGACUUCAUCUCGAGACUAUUGAAGCACAACCCCAGCCAAAGGCCAACUCUGAAAGAAGUACUGGAACACCCGUGGAUCACAGCAAACUCAUCCAAGCCACCAAGUAGCCAGAAAAACAAAGAAUCGACUAGCAAACAGUCGUAAGACCACAGGGCGAAACCGGACUCGGGGCUGCUGUGCGAGCCGCCAGGGACAGGCUCUGACCUUUAUCUUGUGCCGACGCCUGCUCCAGGAAUCUAGGGCGCUCCAGGAAUCACUUUUCUCUUACUGAGCAGGCAGUACUUUGCCCUCCCGCUCAGCAACUCCAUGGCAACCAACAGCACACUGCAGGGAAGCCUUCAUGAGAAUGCGUGAACGUCCUGGUUUCCAGUGCGAGGCGGCCACCCACAGCCUGUCCCGCGACCUUGCAGAAGAGUGCCAGGCCUGACGGGGCGAGUGGCUGCUGAGCCCGCAGGUCAGUUGAGAGCUGUGCAAUACCUCCUGAGUACCCAAGGGUGUAUGUAACUUAUUGGGGGGGCACGCGUGGUCUAGCUGUCGGAAUGAAU